AUGGCUCAUCGCAUCUUGACGCAGAUUGUUCUCACGAGCACCAGGGUGUUCGGUCGAGCAUUCGCUGAAGCGUACAAACAAGCGUCCGCGUCCUCCAAAUACCAAUCGCAUGCGCAGAAAACCGGCUCUUCUUCCGGCACAUUCUCCAACUCCGGCCUAACGUUGGAGGAAGCAUGCAAGAUUCUCAACGUCAAGCCGCCAAUGGGCGGGGAGGCAAACCUGGAGCACACGAUGGAGCGGUUUAAGAAACUAUUCGACCUGAACGAUCCCAAGAAGGGCGGCAGUUUCUACCUCCAGAGCAAAAUUCUUCGUGCUCGUGAAAGAAUCGAGGCCGAGGUCAGAGACGCGGCUAGAAAUGCAAAAAUAGAGAAAGAGGUACGGGAAGGCUGGAACCCGAAGCUGUUUAAAGACCGAUGA